AAAAGAUCCAAUGUGAGUGGUGUGGUUACCCUUCUUGUUGACUCCCAAUCAUUGUCCGUUUUCUGUCACAUGGGAAAUUUUGGGUGUGGCGAUGGAGGAUGGACACCAGUCAUGAAGAUUGACGGCAGAAAGGUGCAUACGUUUAUUAAAUAAUUAUCUCGUGUAUAAACCCGCUCUCUUUCAAAACGUUGCAAGUUAAAAACGUGCAUGUAACUUAUGUAUGUCUUUUGUUUUUCAUCGAGAAGGUAAUAUAUGAAGAACAGACUCGUUCAAGACUUAUUGUGUCUAGUGACUGUUGAGAAAGGAUGAAAAAGACUUUAGAAAUUUAUGCUAACAUAUUUGUCGCUAAUAUCAUGUAACGGCUAGGUAAGAAAUGCACACCAUUAAAGUCAUAAUUCGGUUAAAAGCUGUUCGCAACAAAGAACACAUCUCAUCUUAGUUAAAGUUCCACACUAGUUAAUGGAUAUGUAGAUAUCACACUGAUUUAAAGAGCUGUCAUUGCUCAUCCCCUAUACAGCGAGGGGAGGGGAUAGGUAGAGGAGGAUUCUUGGAGGACUAUAGAACACCUAGUGUCAAUCAAUGAUUGCCAAUGAGGAAAGAUCAUGGAUCACAGGAAUAUUACAGAGUCUUAUGUGGAGCGAGGGGGAUCAGGUUACUAUUAUCGUGACACAAUCAAACUCUAAUUUGUUUUUGUUACAUAUAAAAGAGAUCAGAAUUUCUUUAUAGAAUAACGACUUCUAUCAUUCUUCAUUCACCUCACAAAUGGUUACCAUUUCAAUGACUCUUGACUGGCGUGCAAAUGAACACACAGAAAAACUACCUGUAAGUAGAUAGAUAGGUCAUGCACUGAUCUACGGCGCCGAGUCCGUGUCGGAAAAAAAUAACCUUAGUCUUCACGACACGAUGGCGUAAUCACCAAGGUAAAUUUAACGGUAAAAGAAAUGAGUAAUAGAUCAAUAAAUACAGAUACACGACAGAACUUCGACAGCAAAUAUCCAUCAAUUCGGAGUAAAUUUAAAAAAUUAAUUGCUCCUAUAUUUCAGACCACCUUUCAUUAUAAUAAGCAUUACUGGACAAAUUACGAAGGAUACAAUAUUCCCGGAGGAGAAACUGGGUUCGAUGGACAAGAAUCAAAGCUACCCACCUACUGGAACACAUCCUUCUCCAAGAUCUGUCUCGGUAUGAAGAUCGACCAACAGCUCAGGUUCAUCGUCAUCCAUAAGCAAGCUGACUCUCUGUACUCACUGAUUGCUGAUGGCCAAUACCGCGCCACCCCACUGGGUCGUGACAAGUGGAAAGAGUUGAUUGGUUCCCAAGGCUCAUUACAGGAAAACUGCAACAAAGAAGGGUUCAAUGUCGUUUGUUUGAGAAAAUUUUCUAAAGCCAGAAUUGGCAUUGUUAGCAACGGCGGGAAUGAGUGUGACUCGUGCGACUCAAGGAUCGGAUUUGGCACAAGAGGGAGCCCUGACAAUUCAAACACGUGCGGUAACGUGGCCGGUGUUUCUCCAGAUAAUGGAUACAAAAACAUCAAGGCCAUGGGAUACAUCUUGGUACAAUAA